AUGUCUCCAAACGGGAAGACUGUUGUCAGCGGAAGUAUCGAUGGGAAAGUGAGGUUGUGGAAUGUCGAGACAGGAAAGAUCGUUGCAAGAUGGAUAGGGCACACUGAGGGGAGCGGAUCCUGGGAUAGGACAGCAAGAGUGUGGAAUGUCAAGAGCGGAGAAACAAUCCUGGAAAUCAAGACCGGGCACAACUUUGUGUGGGCAGUGAUUUACUCGCCUGACCAAACAAAGAUUGCUACAGGAGGAUACAAGGAGAGCGCAGUAAAAAUCUGGGAUGCCGAGACGAGCGAGCUGCUCGCCACACCGUGCUUGCACGAUUACACAGUUUGGAGCUUGGCUUGGACGUCGGAUGGAAACAAGCUUAUAUCCGCGUCAAAAGGCCCAAUUAGGAUAUUCGACACAGCCACUUGGAAUCAGAUCCCCAUCCUGGAGGGUCACACAGCGGCAAGCUGGGUUUCCGGUAUCUCCUUGUCUCAGAACAACCGUCCUCCUUGCGACAUAGGAGCAAGGUACAAUGUGACCGCUUUGUCCGCUGAUGGAAAAGUUCUAGUCACUGGUUGCAUGGAUAAUAAUGUGUACUUGUGGGAUGUUCAAGCAAUCCUUAAAGAAGCUGACAUUAAAGACCAACUGCCCCCUGGUACUGAUGUUGCACCAAAAGACCAGAAGGGCGAGCCAGGAAUAGAGCAUACCCCCCGCUCCUCAAUCGGUGACAAGUCAUUUUUGGAGAAUUGUUCUCAGUCCUCCCAAACGGGCGGUACCCACCUCAUUCCUCUCCGAGUGCACUCCUCACUCGCCUUGCCUCGCUUCUCCACCGCUUUCGACCUAAUAACGCCGAAGCGACCGGACUUCCGCAACCCCCGACGCCUUCGAUGUUACAUCCGCGGGUGCUCCUGGGCCACCUGUCCUCACUCCUUUCACCGCUCUCCGCCCCAAAAUGAUGAAGCAAACGAACCUCAGCAAACCUCCACACCUUCAGGGUUAGAUCUACAUGCAUUAUUCGCUCAUCUGUCCUCACUUUUGCCCCGCUCUCGACUGAACGAAGAAACCGAACCUCGUCCCACAACGCCUUUGAGUUCACGUCCCGAUGCACUCGUCGACUUCCUGUCCUCACUCUUCCGCGCUCAACAUCGUACCAGCGAAGAACUCGAACUCCCGCAACGCACUAUUCAUCCUCAUGUUGUCGAAGUACCUGCGAUGCGGGACAGGGAGGUGUUGUAUGUUUCUCCACAACCGCCACCACAUCGUCCAAACACUCAGCGUGCUGGUAAUACGGUACCAGGUGCAAGACCUGCGUAUUCACUACCUGUCCGAAUGUUGGCUCAUCUCGGGCUUGUUCUCUGCUGCAAGUUUCCUCGACACCCUGAUGGCAAUGCACACUCAACGCAGGAGCAGCAAGGUCAAUCGCAAGGUCCAGUCCAGACCCAGGCUCCGUCGCCGCAAACCCAGGCUCCGUUACCGCAAACCCAGGCUCCUUCACCGCAAACCCAGGGCUCCGUCACCGCAGACUCAGCCUGCCGUCCCGUUGGCGUCGACGUCCGUGGUACUUACUGCUCCUGA